UCAAAUUUAUACAAAAGCAAAAGUCUAGUUGGUGCAGCUGCAUAACGAAGAAGAAAAAAGACAUUUCAGUUACUUGUUAACUGUGAUAAUGAAGCAAGAAGAUAUCCCGAUGACAAAAUCUGGUCAAAAGAAAAGUCUCCGUUUCUUACCCUUCAGAUGACUGUUGUCUUAAUGACAGUUUAAGGAGGAGACAACAGGCAGCGAAAGACAGAAGGUUUUGCAUGAUCUGGAUCAACAAGAUGGUGAAUAAAAGGGUGGAGAAACGAAUCGCAGAUCUGCGUUCUGAGCUCCUUCUCUUGCAUUACACCAUGAGAGUGGAGAUGGCGGAGGAGCUUCAGGAUCAGCUAAGAGAGCUGGUGGUGGAAGAAGAAAGAGAGAGGUCCCUGCUUUAUGGCAGGGUGAAACGAGAGCAGAGGGUGACAUCAAGGUGGAGAAGAAAAAUGGAGCAAGAAUACAAAGAGAAGAAAGAAAAAGAUGAGGCAGAUUCCCCGGACCUGCAGACAUUAAGCUUCAACUUUUGUCAAACGUCCUCUGAUACUGACAGCAUCUGCAUAAUGAGGAAAAAUUAUGUAGGGGAGAGCUUGAGGAUUCCGUUGGGUGUCCCUAGUGAUGGGGACUCCCAUAAUAGUGACACCAGUGAUGGGGGCACCACUGAUGUCUCUUAUGAUGCUGAUACUAGCUCACAAACAGCUAAAUGUGACCAGGAGGAAAACCAACAGGUUUUAUCAGAUGUUGCUGUUGCUACCACCAGUCAGUUGAAGGAAUCAGCAGAGAAGGAAAAGUCAAGGACUCCCUUUCAUGUAAACCUAAGCUUCAUGACCGAGGAACUAAGACGCGAGGACCAAAGGGUGCAAGUGGGCAGAACCAAAGAGGAGGAGGCUUUGCUGAUGGACAGACAAUGGAAAGAAUGGCUAGACAAACAGGAAAUAAGAGGGAAUCAUACCAAACUGAAGCCAGUUGAGCAACAGAUUACUGAAAAACUGGGAGAGGCAGCACCUCCUCCUGUGCCACAGAUAGAAAAGAAGCUAAAUAUGACAGAAGUGGACACCAUGACAAAAUUUAAGAUGUACAUUUUUGACCUUUUUAAUUCCCAUAAAUUCCAUAAAUGGGAGAGGUUAGAAGAUGAGGACUAACAGAACCUACACAAUAAAUUCAUGCAUCUGUUUGCCAUGCUAUAUAAAUAAUAAUAAAAAAAUUGACUAUUGAGUGUUAUAUUCAAUAAAUAAAACAUUGUGCAUAACAA